AUGGCGGAGAGGUGUCUGUGUGUGGCCUUACCUCUCAAGGUCAAACUCAUCGUCUCUAAGGAGAAAACAAUUGUGUGUUUAGCUGUUAUGUUUAUUGUUAUACUAGCGACAGUUAUACCCACGUAUGCGACCAGCAGCAUACAAUGGAGAUUCUACCCAGAGUACAACGCGACUCUUCUUGGUUUAGCCUACGCUGAUAAUUAUUUCGACGCCACAGCAAUCCCGAACAUCAUCAACAACCCGAUUUUAUCCGUGGCGUCUUUCACCAUUGUUCUCCUAUGCACAUCCAUCAUCAUAACAAACCUUAACAAAAAAUCAAAAUGGCGACAGUCCACGUCUGCUAAACAGCCCGGAAGUCAGCCCAACAACCUGACCUCUAAAGACAAGAGAGCGACGAAGAUGGUGACGAUCAUCUCCGUCAUGUUGCUGGCGAGCGUCACGCCUUCAGUUCUCACGGACUUCAUCGCGUCAGUCGACGCCGAGUUUUGCCUGACGGGCAAACACAGGAACAUGUUCUACCUCUUCUACUGCGUGACCUUCACCUUCGAGACGGUCAACUCCAGCCUCAGUAUCGCGGUCUACUACAACAUGAACUCGCGCUUCCGGCAGACGUGCCGACGUGUGCUUCACGCUGGGUGUCGGGUCAAACCUGCCGGGUCAAAUGUAGAAGUUCAAGGUCACAGCCAAAGCCACCAAGUCACAUCUGUCAAGUAG